UCUCUCUUUUUGUUUCUCAUCAUUUCAUCAUCAAGUUACACACCACAAGAGACAAGUCCAAUCCUCGGUUACAAUUCUCCGAUCAACUUCUUCGCGUCUCCAUAUGAUCUGAAAAUUUUUCCCAGUUUUCUUUGUAGGAUUGAAAUUCUACGGUUACAUUUGUUGAAUAUAUCAGAGCUUCGGUUGCAGAAACAAUAAAAAGAAAGAAGAAGGUCCGAGUGAAGGGAGGAGGAGUGGUGGGCGGCCAUGAAACAAUUACACAAGCAAUCAAGCACAAAUCACAGGAGAGAUGAGGAGAUGCCCAGCGGACAGAGUCCCCCAUAUUCUCCCAAAUCCCUCAAACACCCCAGAUCUCUCCCUAGAUCUCUCAGUUACCUUCUCAAGGAACAAAGACUCCUCUUCAUCCUGGUUGGCAUCCUUAUUGGUUCCACAUUUUUCAUCCUCCAGCCCAGCCUCUCCCUCCUCAAUCCCUCCUCUUCUCCUUCGGCCCGUCCUCAUCCACUCGUCUCCUCUGUGGAUCACGAAUCUGAACGUACUUCUGGGUCGUGGUCUACAUCCUUGGCCACCACCCCAGGUGUAAAGCAGAGCCACCUCAACAAGGGGACCGGGAGAGUGCCGGUGGGAUUAGGGAGGAGAAGGAUGAGGGUGGUGGUGACGGGCGGGGCCGGGUUCGUGGGGAGUCACUUGGUGGAUAAGUUAUUAGACAGAGGGGAUGAGGUGAUCGUGAUCGAUAAUUUCUUUACCGGGAGGAGAGAUAAUGUGAAGCAUCAUUUCGGGAACACACGGUUUGAGCUGAUUAGGCAUGAUGUUGUUGAGCCCAUCCUGUUGGAGGUGGAUCAGAUCUACCAUUUGGCCUGCCCUGCCUCCCCUGUUCAUUACAAGUAUAACCCUGUCAAAACUAUCAAGACAAAUGUGAUGGGUACACUUAAUAUGUUGGGCCUGGCCAAGAGAAUUGGUGCAAGGUUUCUACUAACGAGUACCAGCGAGGUUUAUGGAGACCCUCUUGAGCAUCCACAGAAGGAGACGUACUGGGGACAUGUGAAUCCAAUAGGUGUUCGAAGCUGCUACGAUGAAGGGAAACGUACUGCUGAAACAUUGACUAUGGAUUAUCAUCGUGGUGCAGAAGUUGAGGUGCGCAUUGCACGUAUAUUCAACACAUAUGGGCCUCGAAUGUGUCUAGAUGAUGGACGUGUUGUUAGCAACUUUGUUGCACAGGCAAUUCGUAAACAGCCACUAACAGUGUAUGGUGAUGGGAAGCAGACGCGAAGCUUCCAAUUCGUAUCUGACUUGGUUGAUGGUUUGGUGGCAUUGAUGGAAAGUGAGCACGUGGGACCAUUCAACUUGGGCAAUCCUGGAGAAUUCACCAUGUUAGAGCUUGCUCAGGUUGUAAAAGAAACAAUUGAUUCAAGCGCAACCAUUGCAUUUAAACCUAACACAGCUGAUGACCCUCAUAAGAGAAAGCCCGAUAUUAGCAAAGCAAAGGAACUUCUGAACUGGGAGCCCAAAAUAUCCCUCCGCGAAGGGCUUCCUAAGAUGGUGAGUGAUUUUCGGAAUCGCAUCUUGAAUGAAGACGAAGGAAAAGGAAACAAAUGAGAACUUCAGAACUAGUAUGUAUAGAGACUGGAAGCUGGUUGUGCAUGUUGUCUAUUCCAUGAGUGAUGCAUUGACCUACCUCUUCAAAGUAGUUAUUGUUCCCCAAAAGAAACGUUUAUAGCUUACAAAUUUUUUAGCUCCAUCAUUAGGCAGAUGUCUCCAUUCUUUUUGAUCCUAAAUCUUGAUUUUCCUGGGUAGAUUACGUACCUUUGUACACCGAUGUUAGCUGCACCUUUUUGAAGGUAGCUUCGAGCAAUUUUUUUUUUUUUUUUUCACAAAGUGGUUGGUUUUGUAUACAGACGAUGUUGAAUUCGGCAAGUUAUAUAUCAUUUUCUCGGAUUUACGUGAAAAGGAAAUAAUCGAUAGCUAA